UGGCAGUGCCCUCAGACAGGCACCGAGGGAAGCCGUGGAAGCCCGAGUUUUGGCUGGAGGAGAGAUGGGUGGAUGGGUCCCCGCCUCAGGCUUUAGCAUCCGGUGAGAAGUCACAUCUGGAUGCCGUUGCCUGGGGACACAUUGAGAGCAGCAGCCAAACGCCAGGAAGGGAUCAGCCCGACUUGGGUUCAGCAGCAUUCAGAGAGGCAAAGAAAGAGAAUACUGCUCCUGCAGGCGGUCAGCGCUGGCUGUGCCAGCCCGGGUACCCCCAGGCGUGUUAUGGCCCCGCAUCUCUCUUGCAGGCAGGACACCAGCGAGAUGUUUGCUGUCUGCCCUGCGGCCAAUGCCCCGUUCCGGCAGGGCCGGGGGGGCCCAGCGCUGGACACGGCCACCCCCGGGGCCGGGCAUGGCCAGGAUUCCAAUUCCAACUUCGUGGGAGAGGUGUGUGACAGCAACGAGAACUGGAGCCGGGCAGCGGCGGAGGAGAGCUCCAGGCGGAGCGGGAACGCGGCAGAUCCAUCGGAUAAUGUGCUGUUAUUGAUGCAGAGACAGAGGGCACGGGGCCGGCCGGGGGACACCCCCCUGAGCCUGGGCCCCGAGCGGCCGCAGCCCCCCGAGCAGGGGGUGCGCAGCCCCCCCGAGGGAGCGGAGGUCGGUGGGGCCGGGGGGCAGAGCGCUGGCAGCGCGGAGGCAGGCGGGGGCUAUGGGAAGUGCCCGAGCUCCCCCGUGGAGGACAAUGGCUACGGGAGCAGCUCCCUCAGCAUCGACAGCCCCGACAGCGCCUGCGGGAGCACUUGGGACCCUCCUACCUCUGUCCCCAUCCCCAGGAGCCCACCACCCGCAGGGGUGUCCGAGCCUGAGCCAGGGACCCUCUUCCCGGUGCUGGCAGCGGCCGUGCAGCACCUCCAGGACAAGGAGCGCUUCAAGGAGCGGGAGAAGGAGAAGCACCACAUCCAGCUGGUGAUGUACCGGCGCCUGGCCCUGCUGCGCUGGAUCCACGGCCUCCAGCAGAAGGUGGUGGACCAGCAGAACCGGUUGCAGGAGAGUUUCGACACCAUCCUGGAUAACCGCAAGGAGCUCAUCCGCUGCAUGCAGCACGGCCCCGUGUGCCCCGCCAGCGCCGCCGCCGCCAGCCCAUGAGGUGCCACUGGUGCCCUCCUGGCUGGUGGCAUCUCCAUGCUGCAUGCCAGUGGGGGGUGCUGCUGGGCACCAGGGCAUCCCCCUUGUCCUUCCCAUCUCUCUCCAGUGUAGCUGAGCAUCCUCAAACGUUCCCUCUCAUGGGAAUCCAUUUCCUUCUGCUCCGUGUCCUGCUGGUCUGGGGACCGCGUGGCUUGGACCUCAGGACCUUGGGGUUUGCUGAGCCCAGCACGAUGAGGCUCAUCUUUUACAUCUCAUUUGUGGUCCCUUGUAUGAGCCCAGGACGUGUGCUGGGACGGGCCCUGCAGUGAGCCCCAUGCGGUGUCACCUCGAGGGCUUCAGGGCAGCAGAGCUUUUCAAUGUACCUGUGCAG